GGUCUCGCUGCAAUUAUGUAUUUUUCUCAAAAAGUAAACAUUGUUUACUUGAUUGAAUGAUUGAAUAUUUUUUUCUGGUUCCAAUUUGACAGUAUUAUUUUAAGAUGUGAACAUUCUUGCAAUUAUGGUGGUCUAUUUAAGAUUAUAAACGUGUUUCCUGUCAUUUUUCGGAUGUUUUGACUUGGAACAUCAAGCACCUUUUUCACUAUCCGUUCUGUGUCCAAAAUUUGUAUAAACGCCUACUUGUUUUAAUACUUGUUGAAAUUGUUUAAAAUAUAGAUUAAUAAUGGCUGCCAAAGAAGUUCUUGGGUCUUUAAUUAAUGAGUUAACUGACUCAGUUCUACUCAAAUAUGGUUCAUUUCUAAAUGAAUUUGACAGUAAAUUAGAAGAACUUCACAAAGUAAAUUUACAAUAUACAUACAGUUCGAUAGUUUAUGGAUCAUACUUUAAUCCAGGCCUUGACGAGACUGUCCAUGAAAGGACUGAGUUUGUCGAUAUUCUUCGUACCUGUGGUAAUAUGGAAUUGAACCGUGUUUUACUAGUUCUUUCAUCUUUGUGCCAUGAAAUGAAUAAUCUGUCUCAGAUUGGUUUGAAAGAUUUCAUUCAUAUCAUUGCUUUAUACGGAGAAGAUAAAAAGAAAGCUGACUGGAAAAAUGACACCACAAAAGCGAAAGAAAGUAAUGAUGAAGCCGGUGAUGAGCUUUUCUCGAUGUCUAAGCUAUUACCUACCCUUUUCAAGCUUCUCUGUUUUAUCAAACGAUGUCGUGAAGUUGUCCACAAUUUAGCUAUUCAAAUGCAAGAGCUUUUCACAAGGAAUAAUGGUAAGAAGGUAAAUAGCAGAUCCGGCAUAGAAGUGAAUGAUGUACGCUUUGACGCUUUAUUCCAACAUCUAGGACAACUAGCUGUGACAAUUGUUAACAUCGAAGAAAUUUUGUGUAGUCAAACAUCAUUAAGAAAAGAUUUCAUCAAUUUCAAAAGAACUUUUGAAAUUGUCAUCGCAAAAUAUGAUGAUUUCCAACUUCAAGCUUAUGAUCAUCAAAAAAUGAAAGUUCUUCACUCGUUAACUGUUCAAAUUGAGAAAGAAAUCAUUGAUGGAAACUUAUUUAGUCAAAUUAUUGAUGCCAUCAAAAGUACAUCUUCUGAAUCAUCACCAGAUCAAUUGAUAAUAUGUGAUCAUCUAGCUUUGUAUAUCAAAAAUGCUGUGCAAUUCCAUGAAGGAAAUACUAAUCCGAUUAAGGAUGAUAAAAAAUGGUUGGCAAUCAAUGCUUUGUUGGCUAUUUAUGUUCGUACUUCAAAACGAGAAGACAGAAAACUUAUCAAGAUGGUUUUCGAUUCACAGAAAAAGAUUAACGCUUUAUAUAUCCACCUAAAAGGGAACUGCACUAUUUUUCCAGAUAAAUUUCUUAACAAACAGCUUCUUAAGUCGAGAGUUGAUAAGAAAAUGAUUGAAUAUUUCAAACAGACACGAGAAAGCACUCUUAAAAUUGACCUGACCGAAAAAGUGAAAUCUUUAAACAUCAAAGUUAACCUAUGGAUGUUAAAGUUCGAUGAUUUAUUGAGUGAAAUUGAAGAAACAACAAAUGACUUCAUCGAGAUUCUUCAUAAACAAAUCAAAGUAAUCGAAGAAGGACUUGAUUUAGCUCUUCAAUGCUCAUCAAUUGGUAAAAACCAUAUUUAUCAACAUAAUUACGCCAAGAAGUCACUCUGUAAAUCAGAUCUAAUUGCUGUCUGUAAAUUAACAGCGAUUCUUAAAGGCAUUGAACUUUCGUUUUUGCGAAGAAAAGGAGAAAUUCUUCAAAUAUUGGCUCGCUCAACUCAGUAUUAUUCAUAUCUCAUACUUGGAGCAUUGACUUCAUGUAAAAAACGCCUAAUUAGUGAAGUUAAAAAAUAUUCCGAGAAAAAAUUGGAUGUUUUAUCUGCAAUCAUUUUGGGUUCAAAUUGUAUUCAUGGACCGAUAUUGACCUUAGAGAGACAAAUUUUGGCCUCUCUAUGCUUCUCUAUAGCCAAUCAAUCAAUGAACGAAAACGAACUGGCCAAAGUAUAUUCUGGUUUCAAACGAAUACGAAGUUACUGUUUAAUUUUCAAAAGACUGCAAGAUUGGACCAGUUGUGAAUUCAUCUUUUUCAACCGUUCUUUGAUUGGAAAUUAUUUUAACCAUUCCAUAAAUCAUGAGCUUAACAAUAUUUUUGAACUUCGUUAUUUUUUCCAAUCCUUUGCUGAAUUUGUGCCUAUGGUGGAAAACGGCUUUUUAUAUGAUGAAAAAAGAAGAGACGGCUUAUUGAAAGAUUUGGAGACAGAAAUUUAUUACCACUUCAAAGCUAAUUAUUUGGAAAAAUUGUGCAGCUUAAUGGAAGAACAAUUAAGAAGAGAAGUUGCUGGAAACAGUUUGAUUGAAAGUACGACCAACGAUGCCAACAAUCCAUUCAAGAAUCCAUCGCCCAAUCUAUCUGUUAUUAUUUCCUGUGAACCACUUAGAAUUUUAACUCGAAUGAUCUCAAUUAAGGAGCACGUUGAACAAUAUUUAAACGAAAUGGCCUACAAUAAUACUACCAAUGCCCUUCACGAGUGUAAAACAUACGAAACUAUGUUGAACUUGGCUCGCCAUAAAUACCGAUUAGAGCUUUUGGAGAGUCAAUUGCCAACUCAAACAUUAGAGCAAGGACUUGAUGUUUUGGAGGUUACCCGGAAUAUCCAUAUAUUUGUCUCUCGUUACCUUUACAAUUUAAAUAAUCAAAUGUUUAUUGAAAAAUCCUCUGAAAACAUGCAUCUCAAUGUUUUACUGAUUCGCCAUGUUGCCAAUUCAAUUCAAACUCAUGGUUUUGGUAUAAUCAACACAGCUGUCAAUUUUACAUACCAAUUUCUCAAACGAAAAUUAUACUCUUUUUCACAAUUUUUAUACGAAGAUCCACUCAAAUCGAGAUUGAUAAAAGAUCUGAAACAUUUUCGCCAGUCAAAAGAUGGAAGGUUUCCCUACGAAAGAGCAGAAAAUCUUGUCAAAGGAAUUCGUAAAUUGGGAUUAACUCCUGAGGGUUACACACUUCUUGAUCGUUUUCGUCUUUUAAUCACCGAAAUUGGAAAUGCUCUUGGUUUUGUACGUAUGCUUAGAAGUGGUGCCCUUCACUGUAGCUCAUCUUCAGUGAGCUUUGUUCCUGAUUUGGAAGAGCUAAACACUAUUUCAUUUAAAUCAAUGGUUCUCGAAGAUGGGUUCGGAAGUGAGUGCUUGAAAUCGGCCCAAAAUUUGGAUCACAUUUUACAAACAUUGAGUCGCAACUUCUCUGAAGCCACCGAUUAUUAUAAUCUUCUAGUCCAAGUAUUCCAAGAAACUUUAAAAGGAAAAGACAAUUUCCAUUUGAAAAAGUUCUACGUGAUUUUACCAGCAUUAACAUUAAAUUAUGUUGAAAACAGUAUUAUUAGUAAAGAAAAGAUGACCAGGAAAAACAAAACCGGAGCCGCUUUUACUGACGAUGGAUUUCCAAUGGGAGUUGCUUAUAUCCUUAAACUUCUAGACCAACACUAUGACUUUGAUACUCUACAGUGGUUUGCUUCAGUUAACGAGAAAAUUAAAAUGGAAAUGAACCAAGCUUUGAGUGCUCGUUCAGUUAAUUCGACGAAUUUGAUGACUGAAGACAAAUUAUCGCAAACUUUGAAAUUAACGGAAAAACGGUUGGAUAUGCUGCAAAAGGAAUUUAAUCUCCUUAAUUACAGUUUAACCAGUAGUAGGAUUUUAUUUAAAGCCACAAAUCAAGAAGCAAGAGAUUAACUCUUCACCAUUAUCAAGCAAAGAAACCUCUAUAAAUUAUUUAAAAAAUUUUCUUCUGUUCUUUUUGAAGUCCCUGUGAUAUGAAAUGCUAACUAAUUUGAUAAACCUGUCAAUCUUAAAGUUCCUCAGUGAACUUCUAAUGACUAAAAUUGGAACAAAGAAAGUUUGAUUAUUAAAAAAAGAUAAACAAAA